AUGAUGGCCACUGCAACCAUAGCCUCCACGGACAUGGGGCUUCUGCUGAGAGAUGAAGUUUUUGUCGACUUUUUCAACACAUUUCUGAAUCUUCCUGUUUUUGGCCAGACACCUAUUUACAUCAGCAGCACGGGCCGGUGGGACCUCUGGCCAGAGCUGCCAAGCCACCUGGAUCCCAGCCCCCCAGCUUUGCUGGCUUGGCUGAAAAAGCACCGCCUGCCUCACUUCUGCAAAUCCAGCUUGUGCCUCCACCUCAUCCUCUGCCAGAAGCUCCUGGGUUUCAUUCGGUCUGGGGAAGCAGCAAAACGGCUGAACUGGCAAAGCGCUGACCGGUGGCUGCUGGAGAAGUGCAUCAGCGGGAGCCAGGGCAUGUGGCACUUUCGGGCCUUUGUCCAAGGAAAGGCAGGGGAAGAACUGACUGACUUCUGGCUCACCACCGAAAGGCUCCUGGGGCUUGACGAGUCAGAUGCAAGGCAGAGGGACCUCUACCUGUCCUUGCUCCACAGGCUGAAAGCCACUCACCUACGUGAAGGCUCCAGCAUUGUCACUUUCUGCAGGACCAUCAUUGGGUCGCUGCUGAAAGCCAGGCACCUUCAGCCCAUCAUCACCAGGAGAGAGAUCCUAAGCAAGAUGCAGGAACAGGCCCUUUUUAUUAUUCAGAGUUACUGGCUGCCUAAAUUCUUCAUCCAUUGCAAGAUGGCCAUGCAGGAGGAGAAAUUGUGCCAGCCUCUGCUGCAGGAAUAUCAGGAGCGUUCAUUACAGGCCAGCCCACAGGAGCCCUCAGGCUUUUCAGAGAAUCUCUUCAUGAUGCAUAUUAAAAGGAGCCAGGGUUUGUCAGGGCCCUACUGCAGCAAGAAGGCCAAAGCAGAUAUCUGGACUCUGGUCAAGGAGGGAAGAAACACCCAAGAAAUAAAAAUGCCCAGAUUUCAGGUGCAACCAAAAGGGCAGCUGGGGCCAGUUGGGAGCACAAAGGAAUCACAUCUGGAUAAGGAUGCUUUGGGAUCGAUUCCUCAGCAGUCAGAGCUUCCUGAAAACACCGCUGCCUUUGGAGACAAGGGAGAAGCAACCUAUCCCAAAAGGCCUAGACCCAGUGCAGAGCAGGUCCUUCAUCUGGAAUACCUCUGUGAAGAGAAAGUCCCCUCUAACCUGCAUGCUUCUGCACCCAUUGUCCAGCUGCCAUCCCUGAAAAAGCUGGUCAAGACCUUGAGUUUCCUUCCUUGGGCUCUUAGCGCCGAGACCUGCGCGGGACGGCCCUUCAGGGACUUCUUGAAGCUCCAGGACCGGUCUAUGGAGACUCAUCUCCUGGACCUGUGGCAUGACUUGGAGGAAUUUCUGCCUGUGGUGCUGGACACCAGCAGAGAAAACAGUUUCUUCCUGCGUCAUUUGAUUGGGGAGAAGAUAUGCAGAACCUACCUGGAGGAAGGCACCAUUCAGAAGCUUCCCUUGGAGACCAGGACUCUCAGGAGCUUGCGGAACCAUCUGAUGUCUGGAGAAUUCUCCCCCUGGAUAUUCAGAGCCCAGAAGGAGAUUUGCAAGGUGCUCUGCUGCCUCUACGAGGAAUUUCUGGCUGAAGAUGACAGGACGUUCCUCCAGUUUAUGUCUCCACAGAGUGAUAUCCCGAUGCCCAAGAUGCAAAGCCAUGCUGUUGGGGAAGAUGAAUGUUUCCUCCUGUCCCAGCGGAUAAACAAGGCAUUGAAGUUGAGCCAGGCCUUGCAUGGCACAAGGAAUUUGGAAGGUGUCGCCUCUGAGCACUGGCAGUUAAUUGCUACUCGGGACCUCCGGAAAGGGGGCUCAAUCCUGGCAGAGGUGGAACCUUUGGCUUCUCUAUCUGAUACAGACUCCCAGGAUACGAUGUUGAAUGUGCCGGCUGUUCAGAAACCCUCACUGGCUGUGGAUAGCCCAAGCAAGGAAAAUGAGCUGUGUCUCAAAAGCCCACCGCUCGCCACUGAACCCGAGAACAGAAAGAAGAAGGCUGGGCCCGUGAAAAAAAACAAAUCAAGCAUAACGAAGUCCACCACUGUCGCAGUAGAGAAGCCGUCUAGAAGACCCAGGCACUUCAUUAAAGUAUUGCACAACCCUGCCCACCUGCAAUUCUUCAAGCAGUUCCUUGAGGAGCGCAAUGCAGCGGAGCCACUGUGUUUUUGGAUGGCCGUGGAGAAGCUAGUCACAGAGACCAACCCCAAGACAAAGAGCUUCCUCGCUAACAGCAUUGUCAGAAAUUAUUUCCGUGCUGAAAUCCCACCUGAGGAGCAGCUGGACUGCCACACUUCAAUCAUCAGUGAAAUAAGUGAGGCCAAAGUAGUCAGCCCCUUCAUGUUGAUGACAGCACAGAUCUUUGUCCAGAAUGCUAUGGAAAAACGAUGGUUUAAAGAGUACCAGGAUCUGUUCCCUGAAAGUGAUACACAUCAGUCUAACCUUCGUUUGCAGCAUGAGAUGGAGAACUUCACCACAGGCAAGCUGCGGUGCGCCUGGUAUGCCAUUCGAGACAUCAUCAAGAGCCUCUGCAAGUUCCGGAGGGAGAUGGACAAUGACAAAUGCCGUGCAGAGUUUGAGGACUUUCUCCGUCAGGAACUAGGAAAUGAGGAGGAAAACUUGCCCAUCAGCUCGAUGCAGAGCAGCAGCACCGUGAGCACUUACAGCUCCCACACCGCCUCUGCCAACACCCCACGGGACACAGAGCUGGGACUAGUGAAACGCCACCUGUUUAACAGCCAGCUCAUUACCGUCAACUUCCUCGUUGAUGACCUCCACUUUUAUCUAGAGAUUGACAAGUUUUCCAGGAUGGCUGAUUCCAUUGAAGCUCUGGAAGCCCGCAACAUGCGGACAGAACAGGAAGUCGCUUUUCUCAAAAGGAAAGUUGCCAUCAUCAGCAAACUCUUCCUGACCUCUGAUAUUCCCCCCAAACUGCGGGUAAACAUCUCUGAAGAAGAGAGAGAUUUAAUCUGGAGUUUAUCUUCCAAGGGGAUACUGACCCGUAUCCUCUACCACAGGGCCAAAGUCAUGAUCUUCCCCAUCCUGAUGUACUUCUGGAGAAGGUUCUGCACCUGGAAAGUGAUGAGGAGCUUUCAGGUCCCCGCGAAGGACAGGGUGCCAAUCCCUUUGCCCCAUACAAAAACCCCUUCCAAAUCAUCUGACAUCUACAAUCCAGGUCAUCACACCAUCAUUGUCUUCACACUCCUGAAAGGCAUCCAGGUCCUACUGCCGCAGUCCCAUAAGAAAAUGGAGCCACUGAAGGAGCAAAAAGGUGAUCCCAUGCUGAAAUGAGCAUUCCUGCUCUCCAGGGGAGCUCCGACUGCUGGGGCGGGAGCUGGGCUUUAGGGCUCCUUGCAUCGGUCCAUGAUAGGAAGUUUGUGCAUAUUAUUUUUCUCAGAUUCAGAUAAAAGUAAUGAGAAAAUGCUCUCAUUUGAGAAGUCUGCCUCCUCUCCUGCAGAGCAGGUAGGCGGUCGCAGAGGCAGUCUACCUGACCCAAACCACACCAGCACAAGCACCUGGAGCAGCAGAGGUAAGACUCCCAUUAAAACCCAAAGGCCAGCUGGGUGGGUCUGUGCAGGAUUCUGGUCACCCCCACCAUCUCCAGUAACACACACAGGAAAUCCCCAGCUGCUGCACCUCUCCAUGCCCUGAACACCACCCCAGGAGCACACAGCUGCGUUGUAUGUCCCCAAUCACCCAUACCCUGCCUCCAUCAGCAGCAGCCACUGAUGCAACAUCUCUCCUUUCCCUGCAGGUACCGAGGGAAGGACAGACCUCCCAACACAUCACCCAACACAGAGCAGGACAGGGGCGUGCUCCAAGGAAGCCGAGCAGUCCAGACACACUGCAUAGUUUACACUUAAUCAGCCGUAAGACCUAAAAAUAAAGGAACUCUCAGCUUCCUCCAGCUUGUCAGGUAACAUAGCACAGCAGCUUGCACUUCUGCUACUAUUGCGGGGACAUGCCACAACAUGUGUUUCUAUCUAAGGAGAUACCUUUGUCAACACAACAGUCUCCUUCCUCACACGUAUCUGUAGGAGACUCCAUUGCCCAUAGCUGGGGCCCAGUAAGUGUAAAUAAAACACACUGGGUACACAACACACUACCACCUUCGAGGUCUUUCCCAAGAAACUUGGAAGGUACUCAAAGCCAGAAAGCAGUCACAGUAAAUGCUUUGCCUGAGGAAGGGGCUCCUCAAAGACCACCCAAGCCUAGAAGCUGCUCUAACUCUACCACAAAGGGAGCCACACUUCUCACCAAGAUCUGGGAUUGCUUUCCUCUGCUCAGCAUAGUUUACAACCUUAUCUCAGCCUCUAUCAAUUUCCCACACAAAUUAAAAACCUCCUACGGGUGGCAAGGCUGAGACCCCACCUGGUUUACUACUCAGCUGUCCCUGGAUGGUGAGAUGAUGACUGUCUUUCCAGAGCCUCCCUCAUUUUCCAAUCAAAAGCAGCUAAAAAGGGGCCUCAGCGUGUUUUUUUUUUUAAAAAAAGCCAGUAUGUUUACAAAGCACUAACCAAAUCAUAUCAUCACAAGACUUUAAUUUUCCCCAGGUGAAACUGGGUCAGAGUGGCUUUGCCAACACACCAGGAAGCUGCAGAAAUCCCAAGCGUUCUUUGGACCUCAUGAAGAAAAGACCAUGACCUUUGUCACACCUUGCCUCUGACAGCUCCCUCACAAGCUCUCAGCUUUGUAAUUUUGAGCUAUUUUUAGCUAUUUUUUAACCCUCAGAUCCUAGAAGACCACAUCCUGGGAAUAAGGUGCAUUUAAGGCAGAUGAUGGUAUGUUUCAUAUUUGUCACUUAUAAUUAUCAACACUUUGCUUCUAGAGGAUAAAAAAAAAAAAAACAAAACAAACAAAGCCAAAGUGCAAGAACAUUUCUACAAAUAAAGGACUUAGGAAGAUGAUGCCACUCCUACAACCUGAACUGUUACAGGCUCCUCAGAAUUGCUCUCAUGCUCUAACUUGAUUUUGUCCCAAAAGCCUUCAGCCUCAAGAGCUAGCUGCAUUUUGGUGUGCUUUUCACUAACACUUCAGGGUCUGUAGUCUAAGCCUAGCUGAGCCCGGUCUCUAGAAGGCUUCAUGGAUGUCCCUGAGGCUCACAACAGCAAAAUCACAGCUAAGAUCAAUCUUCACUGUUUGUAUGCGAGUGACAGGGUGGGGAGCAACCGAUCCCAUCACAUUGGAUUGAGCCAGCAGCUCCUGGGGUCACCCAGCAGGAGCAAGGGAAGAAGGCAGAGGCACAGCAAACACACACUGUAGAGGCAUGACAGCGGGGCAAUGAAGCGUGUAGGGCCAAAGCAGCAUGCCCUUGGACACCACGCAUGGUCUGCAAGCCCGCC